AUGGAGUCAUAUACUCUAACAACAUCUUCCAUCUCCUACGCCAAACCUCUUUCACCGCUCUUCCUCACGGCGGAGCAACCUUCUUACAUCCUCCGCAACAUCACUCUCACCUCUCACCCCUCUCAAAUCCUAGCCAUCGUUGGCCCUAGCGGCGCUGGAAAAUCAUCUCUUCUCGACAUCCUCGCCGCAAGAACCUCCCCAACAUCAGGCUCAAUCCUUCUAAACUCCAUACCUAUCAACCCUUCUUCUUACCGAAAAAUCUCCUCCUACGUUCCUCAACGUGACGCCUUCUUCCCUCUCCUCACCGUCUCCGAGACCUUUACUUUCUCCGCCUCCCUCCUGCUCCCCAAAAGCCCAUCAACAGUCUCCAAUGCCGUUACUUCUCUCCUCAAAGAACUUAACCUAACACAUCUUGCACAUACAAGGAUCGCGCAAGGCUUGUCCGGUGGUGAACGAAGGAGGGUUUCGAUUGGUUUAAGUCUUCUUCACGAUCCGGGAUUUCUACUCCUCGACGAACCCACAUCAGGUUUAGACAGUAAGUCCGCUUUCGACGUGGUUCAGAUCCUCAAGUCCAUUGCUACGUCAAGAAAAAGGACCGUGAUCUUGUCCAUACACCAACCUAGCUUCAAGAUUCUGUCUCUCAUCGAUAGCUUGUUACUUCUUUCCAAAGGAAGCGUUGUAUACCAUGGAAGGCUUGAUGAAAUCGGAGAUUUCUUGCUAUCCAAGGGAUUCACGGUUCCUUCUCAGCUGAAUUCUCUUGAGUAUGCUAUGGAGAUACUUCAAGACCUCCAUGAUCCCUACGAAAACUCCAUCAUUGUUCUCCCUGAAAGUAAAAAGCAGAACACAAAACAGAGCAUUGUUCAAUAUCGAAGCUCGAGAAUCACCGAGAUAAGCCUUCUUUCUAGAAGAUUUUGGAAGAUUAUAUACCGUACGAGGCAGUUGCUUCUGACCAACAUCUUAGAAGCUCUUAUAGUUGGUCUUGUCUUAGGCACUAUCUACCUCAACAUUGGAAUCGGAAAAGAAGGAAUCGAGAAGAGAUUCGGCCUUUUCGCAUUCACUCUCACAUUCCUCCUCUCCUCCACCACCCAAACCCUUCCAAUAUUCAUCGAUGAACGACCAAUUCUUCUCCGAGAAACCUCGAGCGGACUCUACAGACUCUCCUCUCACAUUCUUGCAAACACCUUGGUUUUCUUGCCCUACUUACUCCUCAUCGCAGUCAUCUACUCUGUGUCUCUCUAUUUCCUUGUAGGUCUCUGCGCUUCAUGGCAAGCUUUUGCCUACUUUGUGCUCGUGAUUUGGAUCAUUGUCCUAAUGGCAAACUCUUUUGUGCUUUUCUUGAGCUCUCUCGCGCCUAACUAUAUAGCUGGAACAUCUCUAGUGACCAUUCUUCUGGCGGCUUUCUUCUUGUUCUCUGGUUACUUCAUCUCUAAAGAGAGUCUUCCUAAGUACUGGCUCUUCAUGUACUACUUCUCGAUGUACAGGUAUGCGUUGGAUGCACUUCUGAUAAACGAGUACUCGUGUCUGCUCAACAAGUGUCUGGUCUGGUUUGGGGACGGUACUGUGAAAAGCUGCUUGAUUACUGGAGGUGGCGUGUUAGACAAGAAAGGGCUUCAUGAGAGUCAGAGAUGGUUUAAUGUUUAUGUGAUGUUAGGGUUCUUUGUACUAUAUCGUGUUUUGUGUUUUCUUGUUUUACUCAAAAGGGUUUCGGGUUCCAAGAGAUAA